CGUUCACUCCUUCCUCUCAUGUGAAUUAUCGCGAUAUGCUUUGGGGUCAUGGUGCUCAUGGACCCACACUUGCCGUCCUAGAACCGGGCCCGAUCUUCAGUCUUGAUCUGAAAUUCCUCUCAGCUUUCCAUCCUGAGGACUUUUCUCCCACCUCGUCGCCCCGCGCAGCGAGCUGUCACUUUCUUGCAGACCGAGGUCUGGCUUCCUUCAUCCUACCUGGGGCAACAACAACACGUCUUCAUGCUCUUCUAUUCACUCCAACAAGCUCACUAAUCCUCGAAAGUAACGCCGGAGCCAUGCACUGCUUCGGCGUCGCAAAAGCGGCACGCUUCCUCCUGCUCUUAGGGCUGUGGGCGCACUGCGCCUCUGGCCUAGGAUGGGGUCGUCGUCAGCGAUCUCCUGCUCAUGAGCCUGCUCAGCAGGUGACCAGCGGAUUAUGGGUCGCACCAUCAGUCGGCUUUCCGUCGUCUGAGUCCACUGAGAAGCGUCUCCGCCUCCCAGAUGUCUACGUUGCGGCUUUGCGGGAACUUCAAGAGCUCGAGUCGGAGCCUCUAUGCCACAGGAUCGCCGCCCGUCUGCUUGUCACGAAUUGUCAGUUGGUCGACGGCAAGGAUGAGGCCACUGUUCUCACGGACAGCGGAAGACAAGUUCGAGACUUCAUCGAGGCCUAUGCAGCGAGUCUAGCACUGUGCGACCUGGAACGGGGCGGUUUCCAGAUCUCGCCUGCCUGCUCGCCCUUCAGAGAGCCGGUGCUGUCUAGGAUCUCAAUCCAUGAAGAUGCUGGCCUGCACGUCUCUUCCUCGCAAAUCCAGACAUGCAUAUCCAGUCUCCGCUCUCCUGACUCAGCCUGGGGAACCUACAUCAGCUAUCGUCACAAAGCACUCCAGUUCUGCGAGGCCGCCAGGGUAGACCAAGAAAAAGCUCGAAACAUACUUGUCUUCCAGAAGCUCGUCAAGGUGACGGAACAGCUGGUGCGCGGUGUCGAGAUCGAUCUGCAAGCCCGCAUGGAUGAUCUAGAUCUGAGGACCAAUCAGGCUAGUCAGGCACUUGAUCAGCUCAACCCCAAACUUGACAGUCUGCGUGAUGGCCUGCGAGACAUGCAGAUGAAUCAAGAAGGCCUCAAGCGGUCGUUGCAAGCCUCAUCCGCCCUCGUCCGCGGCGGCCUGGAAGACGCAACCAGCCUCCAACAGCUCUUGAAAAUCAUUGUCGAUGCCGCCCUCGACCAGAACUCCCGAUUCGCCGCAGCCCACGAGCAAUCCAUUUCUCGGGUCGCGCGUGUCGACAGCGCGACCGAGAAGGCCGCCAAGCAGAUGGACCUACUUGUGUCUGUCAUGACCACCACCGCAGCGUCAUCCAUAUCGCUUCAUCGGCAGCUUGAAAUUUCCCGCCUCCAGGCUACUCAGCUCGCAGAGAGGCAGGACUUUGUUGAGACGGGCCUGAUUCGGCUGGCAAACUUGACGGAAGACCUCGCAUCCAAGUACGAGAACCACACCAACAGCAUCCAGUCCGUGCACAACCUCACGCAGAGCCUCGUUGGCACGCUGACUGACGCAAACACCAUGGCUUCGAACGCCAAAAACGCACUCUUUUCGUGGAGCAGCAACUGGCUACCUUACGCACUCUAUCCUAUAUUUUUUGUCCUUGCAGGAUCCUACGGCCUCUCGCCAUCCAUCUUCCGGAACCUCUGGCUGGCGGCUCUUAGCGAGGGCGUUGCCGUGACGGUCGCAUCUUGGGAUGCGUGGGUAAACUACUUUCUGUCUUUCGUGGGGGCGUGAAACGCUACUGGAAGCAUAUUCUUCUUUGAAGACCAGGGGAUUAGGGCCCGGCGCACCCUUCUUUGCUCCUGAUAGCUCUCGCGAGCUCGCAUCUAUCAUCAUAUGGGGUGGUCUCGGUACACCACAGCGGGAGCUCUUUGGCUCUUCCUCUUUUGUUAUCCAACAUCUCUAUCAUUUUGCUCCAUCUUGGAACCGACAACAACGGAGUUGGGGAGAAACUAGGGACGGGAUAUGGCGGACUCAGUAUUUCCUUUGGAUUUUCGGCUAGCUGGACAUGGCUGCUUGAAGGGACCACAGAACAGAGCAUAUUCUAUACCAAUCCAUAGCCGCCUGCAAAUGAAGAGAAAAAUCUCCCGUGAG